AUGUAUACCCAACUAGCCGAGAUCCCGAUACCAACAGGUGUACAGUUCACGGGAAACGGUGGACCUGGUAAUGACGCCCAGAAGCCGAUAACCAUCCAGGUCUCCUACUCAGCACGCGAUCAUGUCCGCAACACGAAACGCACACUAGCCAGAUCGUUUGUGAUCUCUGGGAGCAACUCCAUCACUUCGACUACCCUGCAGGACACCCCGGAUGUUGUCGCCCAAAUCGCGUCAGAUUCGGGCAAAAAGCGUGCUGUUCUUCGCGCUGUCAAGUCGGACAAGGGCACUGCACGAUAUGUGGAAUUGUGGGUCGAUGGAUACCUGCAAGUCUCUCUCGAUGUGACGGACCAACAUGGGGAUUUCUACGCCGAUGAGUUCUUGGGAUCUUUAUCAUUCGCCCCUUCUGAAUCGGCACUCGUCUAUGUAGCAGAGCGUAAAGUGCCCGACGAGGAGAACAAAGAUCCCUUUCGAAAGUUCAAGUUCGACCCCGAUUUCGGAGAAGGACUGACAGGAAAGAGACGAUCACGUAUCUUCAUUCUCCGAUGGGACACUUCAGCCAAGGCCUCCCUCUUCCAACUAAGCACGGACGGUGCUCCUGAUGUUCGAUUCGGACAACCAGUCUUCUCGCCCGACUCUGACGACGUAAUCUACGCCACUGGAUACGAGUUCACUCAGGACGGUCGAAUUCUUGGUAUCAAAGGGUGCUUCAAUCGGCCUUCUGGGAUAUGGCAAUUUCGUCUUCCUGCUGAGAUGCGGAGUGGCGAGGAUGACAAGAUGCUCACGGCGUCAUGCAAGAAAUUGACCCCUCCCCAUCUAUCCUGUCGGUCGCCACGCACCUUUACCCGUGAUGGGAAAUCCAGCCUAGUCUGGUUCUCAGCCGCGAGCGGAGGCGCCCAUCUAGCGACGUCCAACCUCCAUUUGCUUGACAUUUCCUCCAGCACCAACUUGGACAUUCUAUCAGCCGACAAACCCCUCGUCGGAUUCUCUGAUAAGCCUUUACCCGAUAUCAAGCUCUUCCCAGGACUCUACCCCGCAUAUAACUUGCCAACAUCGCCCUUCAUCGAUUCGUCGAUUCUAGUGCACUCGCACUGGGGACCUCGCACUACCGUGCUUCGGAUUUCGUCGAAGGAUGGUGCAGUGACGGACCUUACACCUGAUGCGGACGGUUCUUUAUUUAGCUGGACGGUAUUGGGAACCGACGGCCACUCGAACGUGGUGUACAGCCGCAGUUCACCUUCAAUCCCCUACGAGCUCAUGUUGGGAACGUUUGUGAAUUCGGAUGAGGUUGCGUGGAUUUCUCUCGAGAAACCCAAGUUGCCAGAAUACAUUUCUUCGGCCUUGUCCAGUAUCCAGACGUCGGUCAUGCCCAUUCCAGGUCAGCAUCUUGUGGAGACUAUACUAAUCCAACCCGCAAAGGCGAAGUCAGAUGGAGAGGUUCUGCCUUGUAUUACGUCGCCGCAUGGUGGCCCACAUGGCGCGUCAUCAACAGCAUUCUCUGCCUAUCUCACUGCGCUCGUGCUCGAGGGAUACACUAUCUCUCUUCCAAAUUAUACCGGGUCUCCGGGGUACGGAGAAGCCUUCCUCCAAGGUUUGAUUGGGAGGUGCGGCGAGCUAGAUGUGGAGGAAUGCAUUGCAUCUGCACGGCAUCUCGUGAAACUUGGUAUUUCUGAAGAAGGUCCUGGCAAGCAGCUGGUCAUGGGCGGUAGUCAUGGUGGUUUUCUGACUGCACAUUUGAUUGGAAAAUACCCUGAUUUCUUUUCCGCCGCCGUGUUGCGGAACCCAGUCAUUUCUGUGGGGGAGAUUUCCUCAACAGAUAUUCCAGACUGGUACUUCUCCGAGUUCGGCGUGUCCUACCCUGUCUCGUCGUCCUUGCGACCUGGCAUCGACACAAGUCCAUCACCGAAUGUGUCCACACCGCCUCCGCUGAUGUCACUAGAAAUCUUCGAACGUCUGCAAGCUGCCUCUCCGACAGCAUAUAUCGACUCCGUGCGCGUGCCCGUCCUUCUCCUGAUCGGAAAAUCUGACAGACGCGUCGCCACUUCGCACGGCAUCGCGUACUACCAUGCGCUCAAGGUGCGGUACACAGGGAAGGAGAAGGAGGGUCGUAAAGUGGAGCUGCUCGCGUUCGAUGGUGAGGGACAUCCCAUUGACGGCGUAGAGGCUGCCAAGGUUGUCUUUGAGGCGACGAGAGAUUGGUUGGCGGGGUCUUGGAAGAUCUUGUAG